AGCAGAAAAACUUAAAUAAAAUGUGUGAUUUAAUUGUAUAAAUAUCGUUUAUAGUCAGUUUAAUUUGUAUUGUGGAAAAAGUUUACACUCAGUUAUUAAAAAUGAACAGUCACCGGUACACGAAGGACAUCGAUAAACAAAUUGUCGAAAAACUUAUUUCAUACUAUAAUAAUUCUGAUAAACCAACACCCGACGUUUGGAAGAGGAUAGCGUUGGAAUUGUCAGAAGAUCCAGAACACGAAAAUCGUGAUUACCGCUGGCAAGAUCUUCGGAGCUACUUCCAGAGCAGUCUCGUUUAUCGUUUGUCCCAGUAUCGGCACGGUGACGACGAAACCACCGUUAUUGAUCGGCUGCAGUUCCCUUAUCUGGCGAAAAUUUACUCAAUUAAAAUUAGUUUCAUAAGUCGCGAAGCGGUAGUGCAAGAUAACAACCGAAGGAAAAACGAGCUCGAAGAGAACGAGCUUCUGAUCAAGUAUUCGAUCGAUGGGAAGUUUGAUCCACAAAUUGUUGGUGUUUUCAAGCGGCUUCGCCAGCAAAGAACUCGUGUGUGCAUCGAUAUUAACGUUGAAGAUCCAAGGUACAAUCUGAGUGAGGGUGUUAAAAAGCUGCUGUUGGAAUUGAAUCCAUCGAACAGGCGCAAUCGUAAAAAAGCGCCAGCGACCAACCCACCCGGAACUUGGCAGGCUUGUGGUGGGGCACCGGUAGUAGGAAAUCAGGUUUCACCGCUAAUGUUAGACGGAAUAGCUGUACACAUCAAUAAUAACAGUCAGGAAAGUGCAUUCGUUUCUCCAAGAACACUGCUAGAGCGGCAAUCGUUUACGAUCAGUACUCAGGAGUAUGAUCGAAUAAUUAAACAAUCUUUAGAAAGGGAUGUUCCGGUGGCUUCGCCACCUAGACGGGUAUGUGACCCCGUACUGGCGCAGAAUCAGAGUCAAUCCUACUCGGAAAUGAACGUUAUAGAAGAGGUUUACGUCGAUCAGAACAGAACUUUAAGUCAAACAUUCGCUAUGGGUGUCAGUCUGGAUCCGUUACAGAUCAGUUCGAUGGCCACAGAUGCAUUAUCCGGUGCUUCUGAUACGGAGAGUAGUGAACUACCACCGUUACCAAAGCGUGUGCGGGAUCAAAGUCAAUCCGGCUUGAAAAUUUACGAUACGGAUGAAGUCUAUCUUGAUCAAGAUGAAAUCCUAAAUCGAUCAACGGCUUGGAGUGUCAGCAACUAUCUACUGCAUUUCACGUCCACCCACACGGAUGCGUCACCCGGUGCCACAUCCGAUAGGGAUGGUAACGGUAAUUCUGAACUAGUUAUCGCAUUUAGUGAAAGUACAUUACCCACGUCAGCUUCCUUGCCGCAAUUACCGACGCUAAGAAGCCAACCACCUACACUGUUGACUGAAGAAACCGAAAGAAACUCCUCCGUGCAAACGGGGGCCGUGUCUAGCCGAGAGUCUAUUGAAAAAGCAUUGGAGCAACCGAAAGAUGUAACAAUUUGUGGUGAAGAUUUGCUAGAAACUGGUCAAAAUGUGGAAAUAGAGGAAGACAGCGAGGUUGAUUCUGAAUCCGUGAGAAUUCCGGAAACAAGGGAAGCAAACCAACCGCCUACAAAUGAAGGUUGCAGUGCUAAUGCUUCUACGCCGGUUCCACCGCCUGUAGUCCUAAGUUCGGCCUCAAGUGAAAAGGAACAUUCUGUUGACACCACUCAAGAGACAGGCUCAACUGAAUUGGUGCCAUCAAAUGUUGGAACUGGUCCACCAAUUUCAACAGAUACGAACCAUAAUUUACGAUGGGAUAUUUUUUCCGAUUAUGAAAAUAGUCCAACCGCUUCAGAAAGAUCAUCCAAAGAUGAACUUUCUGAUAAUGUUGAGAUGAAUGAGGCUCCACAAGUCAGUAGAAAAUGUCAUAUUGAACCGUCGCCAGUUUCUGUUAAUGAACAAUCCAAUUGUCCAGAGAUAAUCGAUACUUCAAAAGAGGGGGGAAGUGCAAAUUCUGAACCAUUAUUUACACCAUCCAGUGGAGAAGUGACCAAGGAUAAAGAACCAGCGCAAGUAAUAAUGUUGGGAAACAGACCGCUGAUCCUGGUGACAACCGUUGAGCAACUACCACAGGUUUUUAACAACUCUGGGCUAGCCACUUUCACGGAAUUUGCAGCGUACGAAAAGCAAAAUCAAUUCCGGAAUGUAGUCAACUACAUAAACCGCUGUGAAGACUCAUCAGAAAAUUUGCGAAAUUUUCGAAUUGAGACACCUUUUAACCCGCCUGCGGCGGAAUACUCACAGCCUGUAAGUGCAAGCAAAUCCGUGCAAAACUUGACGGCUGUUAGGCAAUCACUUGUUAUUGCUUCCCCACCGCCGAUUGUCCAGCCAGAGGUUCCCAGUACAGGCUCGAACGAAACAACGUCAACUGAUUUGUCGGAAAAUGACCCCCAGUGGGAUAUUUUUUCCGAUCGAGAAAACAGUUCGACCAGUCCUCAAGAUACAAGUACAUCGCGCAAAGAUACUGAAGUUUUCCAAGAUUUCUUUUCGGACGACGAAACGGAUUCAACAGAACACGAUGUGCCGUCGGUCAAACAGGAGGAUACAAGCUCUACCGUGCCCUUGGCCGAGUUUGCAGCCAAUAAAAAUCAGACUCAAGCCAUUAGAUCAGCCUCUUUCGCAACUUCGGAAACCGACUACGACCGACAGGUUGUGGCAAAUCAUUUCCAAACUUCACAAACAGUCACAGCCAGUACUACCUGUCAUGAAAAAGAAACCAGGACUUCGGAGUGUAAUAAUAAUAUAGACCAUCGGCCAUGGUUGAUAGCCAAGGCCAAAUCAGCUCCAACAAUAACGAAUAGGACUCUACUUGAAGCUCACGAUAAGGCCCACGUUAAUAAAACCACCGAACUAUCGAACCUCAGGCAGGGACCAUUUUGGGAUAUUUUCUCUGAUAGUGAAGACGGUAGCGAGACCGCACCCCCGCAGCAGCCAAGAGUUGCUAUUGAACAAUCACUAUCUGCAGCUGAGAAUUCCAUGGAACAAGAGCGCAGUACGGACCCCAUUGAAGCUACCACAAAAGUAACUGGUCAAGGAAAUACGGUUCAGAUCGAAUCGUCGAGAAGUCCAGCAGAUUUGCGAAGCGAUCGUAAUCGAAAUCAAACUGUUCCGGGAUGUAUCGAAGCGCCUGAACAGCAUCCUCCUGAUUCAGAUAAAAACCUAAACCAACCAUCCAAUCAAUCUCAUUCACCUGUGAUACAACAUUCCGGUGCUAUGGAAGCACCAACCAGCGCAGCUGGUAUCUCGGUACUCCUACCCAGUGGGAGUGAUACUAGAAACCAUUCGGAUUCACCGCAAAAAUUAUUGCAGGAAAAUCAAGCAUCCAAUGAGCAGCAAUCUCUUUGGGAUAUUUUUUCCGAUGAUGAAGCGGAAGCUUCAACUUCAAGCAAAGGAGAGAAUAAUCAAGCGGAAACCAUUGGACCACACAUCUCAAUUGAUUCGCCAAAGGUGACAAACCGAAGCCCGCCAAAGGGUGCGCAAGCGCACCUUUUCAUGGAAUUUGUGUUCGACGAUGAGGAUAAUUCGGUCCAACAUGAGGAUAGUACGACUGCGGCACCCUUAAUUGAACGUGCAAUUGAAGAGCUGAAUCAAGCUGCUAGGACACUGGCCGCCCGAGAAGCCGAGUCUAAUCAACAAUUACUGAAUAAUUCACGAACUCCAGUAGCUUUACACGUAGAAAUCGAUGUUGUCUGUAACGGGAAAAGAGCUAGUCCUAAGAAAUUACCAACAAUAUCCCGCGAAAAAAGCUUCAGAGAUAAAAACACACCUUUAAAUGGGCUAGUUUCAACUAAAACGGUAUCGGCAAAAACAUCUAAAUCAACUAAAAAUGUGUCAGCCCGUAAACAGAAACCUAGUGAGCAGACUGAGACUGAGAUGCCACCACCACUUGAUCAGCGAGUUUCUGUGGUGCAAAUUCAAUCAACUUCGGACCGUUCUGCAGUAAAUGAACUACACACAAUCACAGGGCAACCAUCAGAACCGCCGGCGGCGGUGCAAACGAAACAGCGCUCUCUUUGGGAUAUUUUUUCCAGUGAUGAAGAAGAACUUGAGCAUCGUUCGAUCGACGAUGUCGAUCAAAUUGAGAAUAUUCGACCAGCCUCAGCAAACAUCUCCAGUGAUUCGUUGUCGUUAUCAAAUGCCUCCAAUCGGCAUUUGCUUUGGCAGGACGUUUUUUCCGAUGGGAGAGAAACCCUUGACAGAAGUGUUCAGUUGGUCAAAGUGGAAGAUAGCAGUAGCACAGUGCCGCUGUCGGCGAGUUUUGGCGACGCAGGACCGCGACGCCGUACCGUAGCAAAGCGAAAAAAUGGCAUAAUCCCACCCCUGUCUUCUGAUACCGAAAUAAACGAACCAACACCACAUCCAUUACCGAAGCGAAGGAGAAGAGUUCUCAGGGUAAGGAGCUGAUGAUGCGCUCAAGCAUCCGGAGUAGUGGAUGUAAAUGCAAACCAACC